AUGACUGAUGCUGAAGUGGUGUGUAGAGAGCUGGGAUGUGGAAAAGCUGUAGAGGCUCUGAGUAAUGCUCCUUUUGGACCAGGAUCAGGACCAAUCUGGAUGGAUGAUGUGGCCUGUAGUGGAUCAGAAUCAACACUGAAGGACUGUAGAUCAAGAGGAUGGGGUGUUAGUGGUGGCUGUAGUCAUUAUGAAGAUGCUGGAGUCAGAUGCUCAGAAACUUUAAACUAUGGAAGGCCAGGACUUGUAGCUGGGUCUCAUCUGUGCUCUGGGAGACUGGAGAUGUAUUUUGGAGGACGAUGGGGUUCAUUGUGUGAUGCUGCCUUUGACCAGCAGGAUGCAGAGGUUGUGUGUAGAGAGCUGGACUGUGGGGCUCCUGUACAGGUGCUGGGAGCAGCUGCUUUUGACAAAGGAGACGCUCAGAUGUGGACACAAGAGAUUCAGUGCAGAGGAAAUGAAUCACACAUUCAACGCUGUCCAUCAUCAAACUCACAUAAAACAAACUGCACCCAUGAAAAUGAUGUCGGACUGAUAUGUUCUGGUUACACUGAUCUCAGACUGGUAAACGGUCCUGACAUCUGUUCUGGAAGAGUUGAGCUUCAGUUCCUCAAUGAAUGGGGCACAGUGUGCGAUGCAUGCUGGGAUAUGAGAGCUGCCAGUGUCCUCUGUAGACAGCUGAAUUGUGGGAUUGCUGUGUCUGUUGUGGGAUCAGAAUGGUUUGGAGAGGGAAGUGGUGAAAUCUGGGCUGAUGUGUUUCUGGUGGGUUCUGGGGGAGACUGUGCAGGGAGGCUGGAGGUUUUUCACAAUGGCUCAUGGGGGACAGUGUGUGAUGACUCCUGGGAUAUUAAAGAUGCUCAUGUGGUGUGCAGACAGCUGCAGUGUGGAGUGGCCCUCAGUAACCAGCCGGUACCAGCCUGGUUUGGUCCUGGUUCUGGACCCAUAUGGCUGGAUGAGGUGGAGUGUGAGGGGAAUGAGACGUCCUUGUGGAGCUGCUCUUCUCCAGGCUGGGGAAAACAUGACUGUCAACACAAGGAGGAUGUAGGAGUCGUGUGCUCAGAGUUUAAAGAGAUCAGGUUAACUGAGGGCUGUGAAGGGAAUCUGGAGGUUUUCUACAAUGGAUCCUGGGGUAAUGUGUGCUGGAACAAGAUGGACAGAGACACAGCGAGUCUGAUCUGUCAAGAGCUGAACUGUGGAAGAUCUGGCAGUGAACCCAGUUAUUCAGACGGACUGAAGCCUCGUAACUGGUUUGAUAAUCUUAAUUGUCGGCGACAUGACUCCAAUUUAUGGCAGUGUCCAUCUUCAGCCUGGGGACAGAAUGACUGUGAUAAUGAUGAAGUCGCCAAAAUUACCUGCUCAGGAUCAGAUUAG